ACCCCAAAUCUCCAACCAUCAUAUCUGAAGUUCUCAACACCAUAAGCCGAGCGCCCGGGGACAAAACCAUGACUAUCCUCUCCAAGGAUGCUCCUGCGGAGAUCUCCCACCCCGCCCACCCCGAGCACAAGCUGAAGCUGAUGGCCACCGGCGCCGCGGAGUUCCAGUGCAACGUCUGCAAGGAGCUAGGCGCCGGGGACCGGUACACAUGCCGACCCUGUGACUUCGACCUCCACAGCGACUGCGCCCUGGCAGAGGCCACGCUGGUGCACCCAUUGCUCAAGGGCAGAGAGUUCCAGCUCCGCCUCGAGCACCCGCGCCACAGCGACGCCGGCGGCAGGACAUGCGGCGCCUGCGGCGGGAAGGUGCUCGGGCUGCACUACCACUGCGCCGCCAAGAAGGGCAUGAACCUCCACCCGUGCUGCGCGGCACUGCCGCUGGUGAUCCCUCAGGAGGAGCUCACGCUGGAGCUUCGGAAGGAGGCGUCUCACCGGUGCAGCAGCUGCCGGGAAAGAGGCAGGAGCAGGGCCUGGUUCUACCGUUCCACCUGCAAGACCGUGUACCUGCACGUCGCCUGCGUCAAAGAGAUUGCUCGCCGGAACCGUGGCGCCGGCGACGGCGAGAGCACUGAUCCAUUCGCUUCCGUUAAGGAAGCGGCGCUGCAGAUCUACCGCGCAAAGAAGGACGAGAGCGAGUUGGAGCGCGUCAUUCUCGAGCUGGUUCUCGGAGGUUGAUGCUGCAAAGCUUUUCUCCCAGAAGAAAAUUUGCAGGUUAAUUAAAUAAUUUGGUGCUCAAUUUGGUAAUGAGCGAACGGGACUAUUCCAUAGUUUGUAGUACUUAUUACUACUGUUUCGUCAUAGAGAUUUCCAUGUAAAAAACAUUGUCAUGUACGUAAGUAUUAUAUAGCGAGAAGUCUAUGCUACGGUUUCAAGGGAUGUGUAAUACUGAUCUUCAUUGAAUGUGA